CUUUGAGGCACUUCUGUAGGUUAAUAGCAAAAAGGAAAAGGAAAGCGAGAGGAGUCCUUCAUCAGACGGUGUGGAAUAAGGGAUGUACUUUCCUGAGUGUGGAUAAUAGACAUCUGCAGCCGAGGAGCUCCUCUCGAAGAAGGAUUUGGAUCAUACCUCAGUUUUAAGCAGCGGCCCACCUCCGUGUCUGUUUGCGUGCACCUGUGUGCGUUGGCAUGCGUGUUCUGCAAAGACUGUUCUGUUUUUGGGUUUAACUGUGCGCGUGUGAGAGGCGGCCGCAUGGGACCCGGGCCUUGUCCGGGAUGCCAGCAGCCGCAGUGAAGCCCGGUCUGGAGGACAUGGUUGCAGAGGGAGGGGGUGUGUCCGAGCGCGGGGUGUCCCAGUGGGAAGCUCCUGGACUCGGCCGGGAGCGGCUGCCUCUGCCUUCUCUGAAGGUCCCCAGGGAGCUGCUGCGGAGCUUCCCCCACUCCAAAAGGGUGGGAUCCUACCUGGUGGGGAAAAUGAUCAACAAGGGCUCGUUCGCCAAAGUGAUGGAAGGGCUGCACAUUGGCACGGGGGAAAAGGUAGCCAUUAAGGUGAUAGACAAGAAGAAAGCGCGGCAGGACUCCUACGUGUUGAAGAACAUGAAGAGGGAACCCAGAAUUCAUCAGAUGGUCCGACAUCCUCAUAUAGUAGUCCUGCUGGAGACCCUGGAGACAGAGAACAGCUACUACAUGGCCAUGGAGCUCUGUGCUGGAGGAGACCUGAUGGACAGGAUCUGUGAGAGGAAGAGGCUGGAGGAGAGGGAAGUGCGCCGUUACACUCGACAGAUCCUCUCUGCGGUGGAGCACCUGCACAAACAUGGCAUCGUACACAGAGACCUAAAGAUUGAAAACUUCCUCCUGGACGAACAUAACAACAUAAAGAUUGUGGACUUCGGCCUCAGUAACACUCUGAAGGCUGAGUCUUUAUCUCUGGAGCUCCUCAGCACCCAGUGUGGAAGUCCUGCCUACGCCGCCCCCGAGCUGCUCGCUCACAGGAAGUACGGACCCAAAGUGGACGUCUGGUCUGUAGGUGUGAGCAUGUUUGCCAUGCUGACAGGGACUCUCCCCUUCACUGUGGAGCCCUUCAACAUCAAACACCUGCACCAGAAGAUGGUGAAUGGAGAGAUCUGCAGCAUACCCAGUGAUGUCAGCAAAGGUGCCGUGUCAUUUGUGCUGUCUCUCCUCGAGCCCGACCCAGCUAAGAGACCCAGCGUGAGAGCGGCGAUGGAGGAGAGAUGGAUCAACGAGGGAUACGCCAAGAAACCGCUACACACACUCUCUCACAAAAACAGGUUGUGUGCAGAGGACCUCAACUCGUCCGUGCUGGCGUACAUGACGGACACGCUGGGCUACUCCCUGUCCGAGAUCAUACACACGCUCACCACCAACCGACCCUCCGCCAUCAUGGCCUCUUAUCACCUGCUGCUCAGCAAGCUCAACAGGAACCAGAGAGGAACCAAGGCCAGCAAGAAGCUAGAGAGCAAUGACUGGAGUCUUCCCAGCAAGAAUACAUGGAGAGAGAGGAACAACACUGAAUCAAAGACUCAGCAACAGAAUGAACUGACCAAUGAAAAGAGCUCCAAGCAGUUCAGCAGGCCUCUGAGGGCCCAACAGGCGGCUGAAUGUCAGAGCAACAGGAAGAGGACUGAAGAACCGCACAGAAAAGUUCACCAAGAAGAUGAUGAAAACCGUCCACCAUCUCCAUCUCUGCCCUUGCUUCCUCACUCUGUCUCCCCCUCUUUGCCCGCUCGCCUUCCCUCACCUUUACCUGCCCCUCCGUCUGAUGGGGCUACUGAUGAGGAGGUUCCCAUCAGCGUGGACACCAGGGAAACAUUGUUUCCUGAAGUGUCAGUGUUUGGAGACAGGGAACUCGUCCAUCUUUCUCCUCCUAAAAGCUCCGCAUCGCAACUCUGUGACUCCGCCCCUUGCCAAGUCCCCUUACCCGCUGAGCCAAUCAGAGACAGCAGCACGUCCAGACCGACCCGGCAUACACACCUGCUCAGGACCACUCAGUCAGAUGGGGCGGCAGACCCUGGGUCGGACUGCUUCCAUGACAACCGCCACCAAGAUGAUUCCCAUCGGCUCAGCAUCAACGAACGGCUGGAGAAGCUGCACACAUUUUAUUCGGCAGACAAGAACGGCAUCUCUCCCAGAACGUUCCUCGAGGUCGACACACACUCCUCAGACAGAGGGCACCUGGGAGCCAUGGAGACGACACAGACCUCACCCUCUUCUCCCCUCCCACGCCUGCGCAACGUGGGGCUAAAAGACGGACGGGGAAGGAAGAUGACGUGGGUGGGGUUGACCCGACCUGGGCCUCCAGGGCUCCUCGUGAAUGGAUCUAAACCUCCUGCUUUCCCUUCUCAGAGACAACAUACUUUGGUCAUCAAGAGCCUCAGGCAGGAGAGGGGGAAGAGAAAAGAUCUGUCUGCAGCAGCAGGAGGAGGAGGAGGAGGAGCAGGAGGAGAAAGAGCAGGAGGAGGGAUGAAUGGGCCCAAAAGGAACUUGGUUCAGUUACGUUCAUCUCUCCAGCGUCGGGUGACGGACCUGAACCUGCCGCUGCUUCCUGCAGCCCUGCAGGGGAAAUCUGACAGGAAGAAUCAGCUGCACAACAUGGACUACUGACACACUGAUGAUAUGAUGAGUGGCAGGAAGAGGGAAAUGAGGAGGUCAGUGACACAUUUGACACUGGCCUAACAGCACAAACAGCUGUAAAUGGCAAAAAUAUACGUACUUUUUAGUCACUAACAAGACUCCCCGUCAUCACACAACAUGUAUCAUUUGUGCUGAAGUGCCAAAAUACAAACAAAACAAAAAACAAUCACCUUUAAGCUCAUGAAACAAUACAUAAAGUCUUUAGCACCUACAGCAGGCUUUGGUCUAACUCAUAUCAGCUAUUUCCAGCGUGUUAACCUCCACUCAUCACAGUGUGAAGUGCAGACUGCACGCCGAAUUUUGGUUCCAUUUGCAUUCUUAAAUACAUUUUUGUACCAACACUGAAAGUCAAAGUAAAAUUCAA